UCAACCGAAACCUAAAAGAAAUGACCGUCGGAUUCAACUUGUCCAAACAAGCUCCAGCACGCCUAACCUCGCUUACCGUCGACAAAUUCCUGAAAUCCCAGAAAAACCUCUCUAAACCCUCACCAAAGCUAUGGCCCAACGAUCCACAACUUCGAAUUCCAGCCUCGGGAAACAACCAGCAACACCCACCACCCAUUUUACAAACCUUAGAAUCGUGCACCAGCUUCAACAAAUUCCACCAAAUACACGCUCAACUGCUCGUCUCCGGCCUGCUCCAACAUCCUCCCGUGGCGAUCCGGGUGGUUAGGAAGCUCUGCAACUAUUUGCACUCAGUUUCACACGCCCUUUUGGUAUUUGAUUGUAUCAGAGAGCCUGAUACAUUUCUUUGCAAUGUCAUAUUGAAUGGUCUUUUGAGUUUGGAUCCAUUUAGUGCUUUGAGUUUUUACUAUGAAAAAAUGGUGGGUAAAUCUGUUAAGCAUAAUGAGUACACUUUUCCGUUGUUAGGGAAAAUUUGUGCCGAUAUUAAGUCUUUGGAAGAAGGGAGAAAGGUUCAUGCUUGGGUUUUGAAACUUGGGUUCCAGUCUGAUUUGUUUGUUAAGAACUCUUUUAUUCGCUUGUAUUCAGUUUGUGGGCAGAUAGGGAGUGCCCGUGAGGUGUUCGAUGAUGGGUUUGUAUUGGAUUUAGUUAGUUGGAAUUCGAUGAUAGAUGGCUAUGUGAAGAAUGGGCAGGUUGGUAUUGCGCGUGAGCUGUUUGAUGAGAUGCCUGAGAGGGAUACUUUUAGUUGGAAUAUAAUCAUUGCAGGGUACGUGGGUGUUGGGAAAAUGGAGGUCGCGAGAGAGUUGUUUGAAAAAAUGCCGUUUAGAGAUGUUAUUUCUUGGAAUUCUAUGAUUGAUGGGUAUGCAAGGAUUGAAAAUGUUUCAGAGGCUCGUAAUCUUUUUGAUCGGAUGCCUGAAAGGAAUAUUGUUUCUUGGAACAUCAUGUUGGCUUUAUACGUUAGAUGUAAGAAGUUUGUCAACCAUGGUCUAAUGUUGUUUGAUACGAUGAUGGAAAGAGGAGAGGCUAGGCCCAACAGUGCUUCUCUUGUUAGUGUCUUGAUAGCAUGUGCAACUUUGGGGAGGCUUGAUAAGGGCUUGUGGGUUCAUUCUUUAAUUGAGAAUAACAAGAUUAAAUGUGAUGUAUUACUUUCGACUGCUCUCUUGACGAUGUAUGCAAAAUGUGGGGCUAUGGAUUUGGCAAGAGAUGUUUUUGAUAACAUGCCUGACAAAAAUGUGGUAUCAUGGAAUUCCAUGAUUAUGGGAUAUGGUGUGCAUGGCUAUGCUGAGAAAGCCUUAGACAUUUUCAUUGAUAUGGAAAAGAGAGGUCAAGUGCCAAAUGCUUCUACCUUUACUAGUUGUUUAUCUGCAUGCAAGUAUUCAGGAAAGGUUUUAGAGGGUUGGUGGUGCUUUGAUUUAAUGUGCAGAGUUUACCAGAUUGAACCCAAGGUGGAGCAUGUCGGUUGCAUGUUUGAUCUACUUAGCCGGGUUGGUUUUAUGGAACAGUCAAAGGGACUUAUGAGUAAGAUGCCUCUGGAGUCAGGACCUGCCCUGUGGAAAGCUCUACUUUCUUCAUGUAGGACCCUCUCUAAUUUAGAGCUUGGAAAGGUUAUAGCCAAACAACUAAUUGACCUGGAACUGACAGAUGUUGGGCCCUAUGUGUUAUUAUCUUACAUAUAUUCUCUGGAAAGGAAGUGGGGUGAAGUUGAAAACAUUAGAAAAUUUAUCAAGGAUAGGGAAUUUUCAGAAAGACAUGCUUUACCACAUAGGAGAACGAUCAUAUACUCUAUGUUGAUGGAGUUUUGUGUUCAGCUGAAACUGUUUUGCAGAGAUCCUAUAGGGGUUUGAGAUUUUGGGACGGUGAACUAACAGGAAAAACAUGUACAUGCAAGUCAAAGAAUAAAAUUCCAUGGAAAACAUCUCUCGAAAAUGGCACAAUUAAGGCAGUGAACAAUAUUUAUAAAUAUCAUAUCUGAUUGGGCUUAGAAUAUAUGACUACUGUUUAGUGGGAUAAGGCGAUGAGAACAUAAAGCUGCAGAGUUGUGUUGAUCCACUUCAAGUACAUUUGUUUUUCAUUUUUUCCAUUUUUGUUCUUUCUUUUUGCUCAUAUCACCGAGAUGUAUAACUCUUUGAAGUUGGUUCAGCCAUGCGAUAUA